CACAAUAGGAUACAAAACCGCACUUUCUUGUUGAGUUAUCUCCACAAAUAUAUAUUAUUAAGAGAAGUAGAGAAGAUCAUCAUCACCCUUCUCGGAAGAAAAGUUUUAGGAAUGAAAACUCUAUUUGUAAUAUGUGGUGGUGCUUCUUCUUCAUCAUCUUCAACCUUUGCUGUUCUCUUAGCAGCAUUUAUCAUUGCUUCAUGCUUCCUCUUCCAAAUCAAUCAAGCGCUCAUCAUUCAAACUAAGAACAACUUCACGGCUCCUGCUCUCUUUGCCUUUGGAGAUUCGUAUUUAGACACCGGCAACAAUAAUAAUCUUCCGACGGUGGGGAAGUGCAACUUCCCACCCUAUGGCAAGGACUUCCCGGGAGGGAUCCCUACCGGAAGGUUUUGCAACGGAAAGAUCUCCUCUGACUUCAUUGCUGAAGAGUUGGGAAUUAAGGAGCUUUUGCCUGCAUUUUUAGACCCGACCUUGGGACCCCAAGACCUCCUUACAGGCGUAUGCUUUGCCUCCAGUGGUGCUGGAUUUGAUCCAAUAACAAAUAAUCUUACGUCAGUGUUGUCAUUGCCAGAUCAAUUGAAGUUGUUUAUGGAGUACAAAGAGAAACUGAAGAUGAUAGCUGGAGAAGAGAGAACAAGGACGAUCAUAUCAGAGAGCUUAUAUAUUUUAAGUUCAGGGACCAAUGACUUCAUCAAUACAUAUUUUUCAACUCCUUUCAGGAAAUUUAAAUACGAUAUCCCUUCCUAUGUUGAUUUCAUUCUCGGUUUAGCUUCAAGUUUCAUUCAGGAACUGUAUAAUAUGGGGGCAAGAAGGAUCAUUAUUCUGGACAUCCCACCUAUAGGAUGUUUGCCAUCAUCGAGAACCAUAGCAGGAGGGAAAGAAAGAAACUGUGCAGAGAAAUACAACCAGGCAGCCUUGGUCUACAACUCUAAGCUGCCUUCCCUGAUCGACUCUCUCCACAAGAAGCUCCCACAGUCCAAGAUUGUCUUUGUGGAUAUCUACAAACCCGUACUUGAUAUCAUCCAAAACCCUAAUUCCUUCGGCUUUGAUGAGGUGAGAAACGGAUGUUGUGGCACUGGAAAUUUAGAGGUUGCAAUACUAUGCAACCCCUUGGUCCCAGUGACUUGCCCAGAUGACUCCAAGAACCUAUUCUGGGAUAGCAUUCAUCCUACUGAGAAUGGCUGCCGUGUACUCACCACCAUGAUCAUUAAACAACACAUUAAUGGCGGCUUCUAAAUUCUACUUAUAUUGCUAUCAGCGAAGCUUACCAUAUUAUAGUCUCUACACCCCACUUUACUCUCUAUCUAAAGUGACAAAUGCCACAUCCUUUGGUUUUUUAAAGUUUGGACAAAAUUUUCCUUAACGAGUGAGUGAAUGAUGAAAUGAUCUAAAUAUGACCCUUAUAAUUUCCCAUCUCUCUUCCCCCUCUAUGUAUGUACGUUGUCGAUGGAAUCCAUUUACUGUAGCCUAAGGAAAACUUGGGCGUUAAAGUUUUUUUCUCUUAUUUGGGUUUUAUCUUUAUAAUAAAUUUGGUCUUGUCAA